AUGAAGGGUUCUCGGGGUGCGACCAUCGGAGCCACGGCAGGAUGUGCAGACGAUAAGAUUUUUGUGACAGAGACUGUUGGUGUUGGAGAUGAUGUGACUCUGACAUGUACCCGCCCGACUAAAACAACCACCUUAUUCUGGAUCAGGCUUGUUGCUGGAAACUUGCCUGAAUUCUUGGGAGGAACAUAUAGUUUUGCUCACGAUGGUGUUAAUAAGACUCCUCGCAUUACAACUAAACAAGAGCCUGGGACAUUUGUCCUGCAUAUUAAUAAAGCUGAGCUAAGCGAUACUGGACUUUACUACUGUAUAAAUGUAGCUGAACUUAACAUGACAUUAUUGAAAGGAACAUUUCUGAGGAUUGAAGGACCAGAACCUGAUAUCAUUGCUGUCACUGAAGACUUUCCAUCUGAUCCAGUCCGUCGAGGAGACUCUGUGACUCUCCAGUGUUCAGUCCUCUCUAACUCUGAGAGUAAAACAUGUCCAGAAGAACACAAAGUGUUCUGGUUCAGAGCUGGAUCAGAUGAGUCUCAUCCUAGUUUUAUUUUUGCUCAUGGAAAUAGAAGUGAUGAAUGUGAAAAGAGUCCUGAGGCUCGUUCUGCACAGAAAUGUGUCUACAGCUUCUCUAAAAGCGUCAGCUCCUCUGAUGCUGGAACCUAUUACUGUGCUGUGGCCACAUGUGGGGAAAUAUUAUUUGGAAAUGGAAUACAAAUGGACAUUGAAGUCAACAUGUGGGAUUUGCAGAAGGCCAACACAGUUCUGCUUCUGUUGUGUGCAGCUUUGGCUGCAAGUCUGCUUGUCAUUGCCCUCCUGAUUUAUUCCAACAAGAAAAAAUUGUGUGAUUGUUGCAACGCCAGUAAUGAUCAGCAACGUCAGCAGAGAAAUGAAGACUCUGUGGUUUAUUCUGCACCAAAAUUUACCAACAGGAAAGUUGGCAAAGCGGGGAGAAGGAAUGUAAGCCCAUCGGAGGGAGAGACGAUCUACAACGAUGUCAGAGCUUUUGUGGCAGAUUGA